AUGUGUACGGAGCACGAUAAACCUCUGGAGCUGUUCUCCACAGUGGAGACCUGCUGGACUUCAGGACCAGAGAGGAAUGGAGGAGGACAACCAGGACCAGGAGCAGCGGAGCAACGAGGUCCCAGAAGACCAGCAGCAGACUGGGCCUCUGAUAGCAGCCAUGUUCAGAAACGGAUAGGAGAGGGACCCAGAUAUCACGACUGUCCGAACUGUAAGAAAUCCUUCACAACAUCAGAAUCUUUAAAGAAUCACCAGAAAAUUCACACUGGAGAGAAACCGUACAGCUGUGAUCAAUGUGGCGCAGCUUUCACACAACCGAGUAAACUAAAAUACCAUCAACGCAUUCACACUGGAGAGAAACCGUACAGCUGUGAUCAAUGUGGGGCAGCUUUCAGACGACCGAUUCAACUAAAAUACCAUCAACGCAUUCACACUGGAGAGAAACCGUACAGCUGUGAUCAAUGUGGGAAAACAUUUUCUCGAAUUGGUAGUCUUCAAGCUCACCAGCGCAUCCACACUGGAGAGAAGCCGUACGGUUGUGAUCAAUGUGGUGAAACCUUUUCUAUGAGUGGUAACCUUAAAGCUCACCAGCGCAUCCACACUGGAGAGAAGCCGUACAGCUGUGAACAAUGUGGCCAAACCUUUUCUAUGAGUGGUCACCUUGUAUCUCACCGACGCAUUCACACUGGAGAGAAGCCGCACUGGUGUGAACAAUGUGGGAAAAUGUUUUCUACGUCUGGCCAACUUCAAUCUCACCUGCGCAAUCACACUGGAGAGAAGCCGUACUGGUGUGAACAAUGUGGGAAAACCUUUUCUGAGGGUGGUAGCCUUAAAAAACACCAGCUCAUUCACACUGCCUCGUUGUGAACAUGUUUCAGAGCCAAGCUGUGAAGAAUGAAGGAGGUUAGGAUUUAAAUGUGAUUAUGAAUAAGCAUGUGAUGAAAUGUGUGUGUAGAGAAUAAGGGAAGUGAGAGGGAGGUGUUAGGACACGCCCAGAGCAGGA